UCGCGCGGCAUCUUCGCUGCCCUCCCGCCCUCCCUCCCUGCCGAGGCGCAGAUGUGGCGCUGCGGCCGUGCGCCCCAUCGGUGCCGGUGGGGGUGGGCGAGGCGGCGUGGGGAGGCGCCCCCCGGAGGUCUCUCGCACAGGUGAAAGCCUGCCAGGACCCCCAAAGAGGGCAGCCCCAGCGCCGCUCCCCAGCCUCUCCGCCCGCUCGCCUAGCCACCGGGGGCGCGCACAAAGCUGCGCCGAGACGCCUCCCUGCCUUCCGCCACCGGCCAGCGCCAAGGGUGACAGAAGACCCCCCUGAGUGAGUCCAGCCCAGCUGACCAGAGCAGUCUGCUCCCUCGCUGCUGGCCCCCCAUGCAUUCCUUGGACGAGCCCCUGGACCUCAAGCUGACCGUCUCCAAGCUGCCGGCUGGGCGAGAGAAGCGAGACUGGGCCCUGGGCGGCAGCACCAAGGGCCGUGCUCUGUGCCAGAUCUCAGAGGACGAGGGCUACCUGGGAGCGGGCCCAGGCUCCCCUCCUUCUCCUCCGGAGGGCCUCCAGCCACAUCCCCAAUGCCAAGACAAGAGAGACCAUCGGUUCUCCUCGCCUCCCACCGCUGAUCUGAGCCUCUCCCCUUCUCCACCAGGCCGGGACAGCCCUCCCAGCGGCAACACCUCCGCCUCCCCAGACAGGCAGAGCAGCGGGGGGCUGGUGAACUGUGCCAGCUUGCGCGACCUGCAGUCCCUGCGCUACCUUGAGAGUCUCCGCAGCUCCUUCCAGUUCUUCCUGCCUCUGAACCCAGGAGGGUCCCUGCACCUGCCAGCCCCCCCUUUCCUGGCGCCCCACAAGGAGAAGCGGCUCUCUCUGGACCCGGCUGGGCAGAAGCAGCUGGUGUGCCGUUGGUCGAAGUGCAACCAGCUGUUUGAGCUCCUGCAAGACCUCGUGGACCACGUCAACGACUUCCACGUGAAGCCAGAGAAGGAUGCUGGCUAUCGUUGCCACUGGGAGGGUUGUGCCCGCCACGGCCGGGGCUUCAACGCCAGGUACAAGAUGCUGAUCCACAUCCGCACCCACACCAAUGAGAAGCCCCACCGCUGCCCCACCUGCAACAAGAGCUUCUCCCGGCUAGAAAACCUGAAGAUCCACAACCGCUCCCACACAGGGGAGAAGCCCUACCUCUGUCCCUACGAAGGCUGCAGCAAGCGCUACUCCAACUCCAGCGACCGCUUCAAGCACACCCGCACCCACUACGUGGACAAGCCCUACCACUGCAAGAUGCCCGGCUGCCACAAGCGCUACACCGACCCCAGCUCCCUCCGUAAGCACAUCAAGGCCCACGGGCACUUCAUCACCCGCGAGCAGCAGGAGCUGCUGAAGCUGCAGCCCCCCACCAAGGCAGCCCCACUCAUGGCCAACGGACCCUACCUUGGCGGGGCACAGAUCAUUGUGCCUAACCCGGCCGCCCUCUUUGGCAGCCAUGGCCUGCCCCUCCCUCUCCCCCAGGCCCCCCUGGAUCUCAGCACCUUAGCCUGCGGCGGGCUGGGCACGGCCGCCAUCGCGGGCCUGCCCAGCCCCACGCUUGCCCCUUUGAACUUGGCCAAGAACCCCCUGCUGGCCUCCCCUUUCUCAGUGGGCAGCCUGGGGCUGCCAGUGGUGUCCUUGCUGGCUGGCACCUCUGCCAAGGCAGCUGUCGAGCGAGGGCAGGAGAGCGGGGGCCGGCCCUUCAAAGGCGACAUUGGUGGCGGCAGCCGAUGCAAGGAGACCAGUGAGAGGGUGAAACUGGCCAGGCUGCAGGCAACCACCGACGGCCUCUCUCUGCUCCCCGGGGGCGUCCUAGACCUGUCCACUGGCAUGAACUCAGGGGCAACCGCUGAAACUCUGCCACCAGGCUGGAUGGUAAUCCCGGCUGGGUCCGUUUUGCUGAAGGAAGCUGUGGUGAGCUAAGUAGGGAAGAGCAAGGAGGAGGAUUGGAAGGGGACCUUCCGGCAUUCAAUCAGAGGGAGCGAUACAAGACUCCUUGUGGGGAAGACCUGCUGAGCUGCUCCUGGGAAUCAAGGAAGCUCCCCCCCCUCCUUCGUUUCUCCACGUGGCAACUGGGGCUUUUCACGAGGGGGGGGGGAGGCAUCUGUGCAAAGCAAUAAGCAGCUUCCCAGGGUAGCAGCCAGGAAUUCUGCCCUCCCCUCUCCCUGUCCUGCUGACCCAGGAGCACCGCUGGUUGGUUCAUCCCCAGCAAGACCUCCCCGCCCCAGCCCCCUUUUCUCAGCCCUGCUCCAGCUCAAGACAGACUGGGGGGGGGGGGCGCACUGGAAGGACUCUCUGCCAAAAGCUGCCCCCUCUUCCUUUGGCUCCUUUGGCGGUGGAGGCAGCAGCAGCCACACCGCAGGCCUCGCUGUGUCCGGCUUGCUCCUCUCUGACCUUGGGGCGCUUCCCGUCCCCCCUUUUUUCUUUGGAGCCCAGCAGCAGCAGCACCACCACCAGAGGCCUUUUCCUCCCCCCUUUGGCUGCUGUUCAGAAGCCAAUCCUGGAAGAGCUUCUCUCGGCCGCCCCCCUCCUCUCCUGCCCGGUGCUUCUGCUUGGUUCAGGCCUCUGACAAGGCGCACCGUGGCGUGUGCUGCUGACGAGACACGGAGGGGUUGAACCAUUGAGCCAUUCCCUCCAUGAGCAGUUCCUUAUACUAAAGCUGUGCAGCAGCCUUGCAGAGGCAGUGGGGAUGGGAAGGUGGCGAAGCAUCCCUGGAUGAACCCUGCGCUGGGUCCUGGGCUGUCCUGUAACCUUUGCAAGAGCCACUUCUCUUCAUGGGGGGGGGGGGGGGGGAUUCCCUCCCUUGCUUUUAGGAAAGCAGAGCACUGGAAGAGCUGGCGCCUUUCACGCAGAUCCGAGAUGACCUGCAGGAAGCCAUGCGCUUGUCACGAGUGGCCAGGAGAUAGCCGGGACUUCGGGAUGGGUGGGAAAAACACGGCCCAUUUCCCGCACCGUAAGAUGCAGGCCCUGCCACCGGCUGUACCAGCUUCAGGAGCCCAGCAGAGAAGCAGCAUUUGCUCUGCACUUCCCCUCCCCACCGCACGGCUCCUCCCGCAGCUGCCCAGAUCACCUCUUGACUGCCCUCCUUGUAUUGGUGGGUCACUCUGUUUCCAACCGCCUUUCCUAGACAAGGGCAUCUCUGGGUAUCCCCCUAUGUACUCUCCCCCCCAACCCUCCUCUCAAGGGACGACCUGCGUUGCGCAGCCCCUGCAGACAAUUCCUGGCAGACCUUCAGCGGCCCACACGGUGCUAAGGAUCCAGAACCACCCAGGCAGGGGAGCUGGACUCCCAAGCACACGCAUGCCUGCUCUGGGGCUCCCUCUCACACAGCACCCCCUGGGCAAACUCGCCCUGGAGCUGAUGCACGCAGGCUGCCAGUGUCCCCCCCCCCCCCCGUUUCUAAGUGCCUUUUGAUUGUAGGUCACGUUGGGGGUGAUGCCCUCCUCUUGCCUCUCUUACGUUAGUAUAGUUUUAAGACAGAAAAAGAUAAGCUAUAACUGGGCCCUCCAGAAGAGAGGGUGAUUACGACAAGAACAAUAAAGUACGCGAAAAAGCUCGCUA